CGAUCGGCGUUAUUAUUAUUUUGUUUUUGUAUGUUGUCCUGUUCCAUCACUAUCAAUAAGAAUAAUAUACGCACAAUAAUUUCUCAAAAUUGGAAAAUGUGGAUUGAAAAGCCAAAGUUUGAUACUCGUCAAUAUCGAGCAUUGUGUCUAAACAACGAGUUGCGUGUUUUGUUGAUAUCCGAUGCUGAAAGUGAAAAGGCAGCGGCUGCUUUAAAUGUAUCCGUCGGUUACUUUUCAGAUCCUCCACAAAUCCCAGGCUUAGCACACUUACUGGAGCACUUAUUAUUUCUUGGUUCAGAGAAGUAUCCAGAUGAAAGUGAAUAUCAUCUUUACUUAUCACAGCAUGGUGGAACUUGUAACGCUUUUACAGCUGAAGAAAAUACUUGUUUUCAUUUUGACGUAACUGACCAAAGGUUAUCCGGAGCACUGGAUCGUUUUGCACAGUUCUUUAUUGCUCCUCUUUUAAAAGAAGAGGUUUAUGAAAGAGAAGUUAGAGCAGUUGACUCGGAACACUACAAAAAUAUAUUGAAUGACUCUAGACGUUUUUUUCAAGUCUUCAAAUGCGUUGCAGCAGAACCGAGACAUCCCUUGGCCAAGUUUGGCACGGGAAAUCAUGAAACUCUCUACAAGAAACCACGAACUGAACAAGUUGAUGUUGUCAAGUGCUUGAAAGAAUUCCACUCGACUUUUUAUUCUUCUAAUCUCAUGACUUUGUGUGUACUGAGCAGACAAAGUUUGGACAAUUUGGAACAGUUGGUCGUGCCCUUAUUUUCUUCCGUACCUAAUCGUUCGGUUCUUGCCCCGUAUACUUCCUAUCAAGACUUGAGUGUAUUUAAAAAGGAUGGAUUGGGCAGUGUCUGUAAAUUAGUUCCCGUUCAAGAUCGACGAACUUUGCAAAUAAGUUGGCCGUUUCCAGAACUUUUUUCGAAAUAUGAGAAGAAACCAGAACAUUAUUUGUCUCAUUUACUAGGUCAUGAAAGUAAAGGCAGUUUAUACUAUUUGUUAAAAGAGAAAGGUUGGAUAAACAACUUGAGUUGUGGUCCAGAUUUGAUGUUACAAACUUUUUCAACCUUUGGAAUGACAAUAGAACUUACCGAAAUGGGUUUAGUUCAUGUAGAAGACAUUUUAUAUUAUACAUAUGAAUAUGUGGAUUGUAUUCGAAAUAGCAAUUUUCCAAGCCAUAUUUUUGAGGAAUCUCAAAAGCUUGAAGAGCUUCGGUUUCAUUUUCAAGAAAGAUCCGAGCCUCUCAAUGAAGUGGUUAAAAAUGCUUUAAAUAUGCAAUACUAUCCUUUGUCCAAAAUAUUAAGUGGUCCUUACUUGAUUCAUUCAUUUGAUGCCAACUUGAUACUUUCUUUGUUGGAAGAUAUGGUUCCUUCCAAAAUGUGUGUUAUGCUAUCCUCAAAGACUUUUGAAGGCUUGUUGGAUGAAAGAGAACCUUGGUAUGGAACAUAUUAUGGUAAAUUUCCACUUUCUGGUGAUCUAUUGUUUCAAUUAUCAUCAGUGAGGAAGAACGAAGAAGAAGACAAUUUAUAUUUGCCAUCACCGAAUCCUUUUAUUCCUGGCGACUUUUCUCUCAAGUGUCAACCAGGUAUUCCAUCAGAAAGCCAGUCUGAUAAGAAGGACUUUGUUGAAAAUGGACCAAAGCAGAUUCGAAAGGAUGCUAUUUGGACCAUUCAUCAUCAGUUGGAUGAUAGAUUCCAAAGGCCUAAAGUACACUUGUACUUUUUUAUACAUUCUGCAUAUUUUCACUUUUCUCCUCGCCAAGCAUUAUUCUCAAAACUGUAUUGUUUAUUUUUAGAAGAUAUUUUAAAUGAAUAUGGUUACUAUGCACAACUUGCUGGAAUUCAUUAUCAAUUGGACAUUACAAAUGAAGGGUUGAUAUUGUUUGUUGGAGGAUAUAACGAUCGAAUUUCCAACUUUGUGUUACAAAUUUUUGAAGAAAUGGUACAUUUUCGAUGGAAACGUGAACACUGGCAUAUCAAAAAAGAUUUAUUAAAGAGACAGCUGGAAAAUUCUUUGAAAAGAGAGCCAUUUCACCUUGCCUUGCAGGAGUGGAAGUGUUUGGUCAUUGAAUCACAAUUGCACUUGGAUGAUCUUUUGGAAAGUGUUGAUUUAGCAUCUGAAAAUGAUAUCGACAGUUUUCAUGCAAAAAUGUUUGAACAAGUCCAUUUAGAAGCAUUGAUGUAUGGCAAUAUUUUACAAGAAGAGGCUUUAGAGAUGAGUCAUCGGAUAUCCUCCAUUUUGCCAGUUAGACAAGGUUUAAAAGAGCAAGCUUGGCCAGUAAAGCGAAUUGUACAGAUUCCUUUGUUGAAUAAGAAAGAUAGACAUUCGUCGUCAGAUAGCUUGACCGAUAUGGGUAUCCAUUUUAUCAAAAAUGCUCGUCUUCAAGAUGAAGAAAAUGGUGCAGUUUUAUUAUAUUUCCAAGUUGAUCAACAGGAACUUUAUUCUCAUGUGAUUUUGGAACUUUUGGAACAAAUCAUGUCAAAACAUUGUUUCGAUGAUUUGCGCACAACUCAACAACUCGGUUAUGUUGUUGCGACAAGGGCUAUUAUGAUGAGCGAAAUAGCUGGUCUACUAAUUAUUGUUCAGUCUUCCGCAUACUCUACACAUUAUGUAGAGAAGAAGAUUCAAUUGUUCCUUGAGAAUUUUUACGAGAAUGUUCUGAAGAAAGGGUUAACAGAAGAUGAACUUGCAGAUUACUUGCAGGCGUUGAGAUCUGAGAAAUUGGAACCUGCAAAACGUUUAAGUCAACAGGCCGCUUGGUUUUGGUCAGAAAUAAGUUCCCAUUCAUAUUACUAUACUCGUUUUGUUGAUGAAGCAGCGUGUUUGAACGACAUUUCCAGAAAUGACUUGUUGAAUUGUUUUCAUCGCUAUUUUCUAAGUGAUGAACAACGUCGUAUUACAGUUCAUAUACAGAGCAAUAAGGCAGCACAAGACAGUAUCACAUAUAGCAGCGUUUUUACAGAUGCUACUCUAUUUAAAAGGAGUCAAUUCAUUUACCCAAUAAGACAGCUUUUGAAAUUAACAAAUGAGAAAAUUUCCCAAUAGAAUCAAAGAUUGGCUCUACAAUCUUGCAUAAGAAGCUGUUUUUUUAACAGUUUAAGGUUUUGUU